UAGGUGCUGUAUCUCAGCCAGUGAUCUCUAUUGAUGGAACUAAAGGCUGGGGGGUGGUCCUGAAGUGUGAGUCUGGAGGCUGGUUUCCUGAACCUGAGAUGGAGUGGCUGGACAGUUCUGGAACCAUCCUCCCUGCUGAUGGACCUCCAGAGAUACACAGGGAGGAGGACCUCUACACUGUGAGACGACAUGUCACCGUGAACCGGACUGACACCAACAGGUUCACCUGUAGAGUUCAACAGCCGGAGAUCAACCACCUGAAGGAGACAGAGAUUCAUGUCCCAGAUGAGGUGUUUCCUAAAUCACAAGUAGGGUUGAUUGUUGGUCUACUAAUAGCAGCAGCUGUUGUAGUUCUUACAGCUUCAGCUGGUGGUGUCUACUGGUGGAGAAAACAUAAAGAGGAGAAGCAAAGACAACGAUGGGAAGAACUACUUGAUGCCCUGUUUGUGGACAGACACAAGGAUCACCUCAUUCAGAAGGUUUCCGAGGGGAAAUCUAUAGCAUCUGAGCUGCACCAGAAGGACUUGAUCCCUGAUGAGAUGAACUCUCGGAUCAGUGCUGCUGCGACCAGCCAGGACCAGAUGAGACUGUUGUUCAAGGCCCUAGAAGAAGCAGAAAACACAACAAGAGUGAAAUCAGCAUUUUACAGGAUUCUACUGGAUCUGGAACCUUAUCUAGUCUAUCACCUGGAUGAACUCAGUGAUAACCUGCCUGGACAGCUGGGGGUCAGAAUACAGAUGGGACGACCCAAAGAUUCAGAUGAGGAAGACCUUUACCUUGAUGAACUCAGUGAUAACCUGCCUGGACAGCUGGGGGUCAGAAUACAGAUGGGACGACCCAAAGAUUCAGAUGAGGAAGACCUUUACCUUGAUGAACUCAUUCAAAACCUGCCUGGACAGCUGGAGAAGAUCAGAAAACAGAGGGGUGAGUUGCGUGUGAAAGUCUGUGCAACUGCAUGCAUGUAUUAGUAAAAGUUUGGUGGAGGAGG